UUCCCGAAAGCCAUCGCGCGCGCGUAGUUUCUCUAAGGUCAAGAUGGCGACGAAGGUUCCCGCUGUAGCCAAUGGUCGUCUGCUUGAAGGUCUUCGCAAAUGGUAUUACAAUGCAGCUGGAUUCAACAAGCUUGGACUUCUGCGAGAUGAUACAAUUUAUGAAGAUCAGGAUGUGAAGGAAGCGCUGGAGAGGCUUCCGGAAGGUUUAUAUAAUGAAAGAGUAUUUCGCAUCAGGAGAGCAUUUGGCUUGUCCUUGAGCCAUGAAAUCCUUCCUAAAGAACAGUGGGUAAAAUAUGAAGAGGAUAAGUCUUAUCUUGAGCCAUACCUGAAAGAAGUCAUUCGUGAAAGACUCGAAAGAGAAGAGUGGGAGAAGAAGUAACUGCUGCCAUUAUUCAUUUGAGCACAUUUUUUCCCCCUUUAAGAUUGAAAUUAUAUGGUUCAGGUAGGGGUUUGUUGAGCAACUCAGGGUGCUGAGAAGAAAUCCUUGCAACCCUUUGCUCACGAAUAUUUGUUCAUCCAACUCAAAUAAACAUUACCAAACCUU